CAACAACAAACUGGAAUGCACACGAUUGUAGGUGACAGUGACGUAGUGAUCUCUCCCGGCAAGCUGGGUAACACGUGCGUUGUGUGUGGGGUUGUGUCUGGUGAUCAGGGGAAUCUUAUCAGUGUUGGUACGCGUAGCAAUAGUGGCAUCAUGUCGAGAUCAGCAUCAUUUGCUAAAAGCGAGUCUGCAGGAGCAGAGGAAAUGUUGUCUCUCCUGCGCCAGAGUUUGAAAACAUGCAAGACUCCUGGGGAGACCAACUUUGAGGCUUCAAAAGCCCAUAUCUGUGUCGUCAUGGGAGCCUCCGGUGAUCUAGCGAAAAAGAAGAUCUAUCCGACGCUCUGGUGGUUAUAUCGCGAUCGCUUAUUACCGGAAAACACGAUGUUCGUCGGAUAUGCCCGGUCUGCACUGACAGUGGCGCAGUUGAAGGAGAAGUGCAAGGCUUACAUGAAAGUUAAACCUGAGGAGGAGGAGCGCUAUGAGCAGUUCUGGAAAGUCAACCACUAUGUCCAGGGGUCGUAUGAUGUCCGCAGAGACUUCGAGCUGCUGGACCAGGAGAUGGGGAAGGUGGGCACGCAGAAAGCCAACCGGAUCUUCUACUUGGCUCUGCCUCCGUCAGUAUUCGAUGUAGUCACGUCCAACUUGAAGGGUUGUUGCAUGGCCAGAGGAGGGUGGACUCGCAUCAUUAUCGAGAAGCCCUUCGGUAAGGAUUUGGCGUCGUCAGCCAAACUGUCCAACCAUCUUGCGGGACUCUUCAAGGAGGAGGAGAUAUACCGCAUUGACCAUUACCUGGGCAAGGAAAUGGUACAGAACCUCAUGACGCUCAGGUCUGGGAACCGGAUCUUCGGGCCAACAUGGAACCGGGACAACAUCUCCUCGGUAUUCAUCUCGUUCAAAGAGCCGUUCGGGACGCAGGGUCGGGGCGGCUACUUCGACGAGUUCGGGAUCAUCCGCGAUGUGAUGCAGAACCACCUGCUGCAGAUCCUGUGCCUCGUCGCCAUGGAGAAGCCUUGUUCCACCUCCGCCGACGACAUUCGCGACGAGAAGGUGAAGGUGCUCAAGUCGAUGCGGGAACUGACCGUUGAUGACGUGGUCCUGGGUCAGUACGUGGGUGACCCCGCCGGCGAGGGUGACGCCAAGGAAGGCUACCUGGACGACCCCACCGUCCCCACUGGCUCCGUCACCCCCACUUACGCCCUCGCCGUCACCACCAUCCACAACGAGCGCUGGGAGGGCGUGCCCUUCAUCCUCCGUUGUGGUAAAGCACUAAAUGAGAGGAAGGCCGAAGUGAGGAUCCAGUACCGUCCUGUCGCCGGGGACAUCUUUCAUGGCCAGAGCAAGAGGAAUGAGCUUGUUAUCCGGGUUCAGCCAGGAGAGGCAAUCUAUAUCAAGGUGAUGACUAAAACCCCUGGAAUGGCAUUUGGACUAGAGGAAACGGAGCUCGACCUAACGUAUGGUGAACGCUACAAGGGUGCCAAGCUGCCUGAUGCAUAUGAGAGACUCAUACUUGAUGUUUUUUGUGGAUCACAAAUGCAUUUUGUCAGGAGUGAUGAACUGGCUGAGGCAUGGAGAAUCUUUACUCCUUUGCUUCACAAAAUAGAAGAGGAGAAAACUCAACCCAUUCCCUACCAGUAUGGCUCAAGAGGACCAAUUGAAGCAGAUCAAAAACUAGCUGAAAACAAUUUUGUAUACUCUGGAUCAUACAAAUGGACCAAGAAUAGUCAGCUAUAAAUUGGGAGAAGGUAAAAGGAACACUGCUCUCAAGUCCACAGUGAGAACAAUAUCAUCUCAAGCAGUGAGAACUGUCUGUGCCGCGUUCUGGACUCUUCCACCCUCAGCCAUUUGUCUCAAAUUUAUUUUAUUGCUUAGAAUACUGUAUUUAUUGGUAUUAAUGCAUUCAUGCUGAACAAUAUUUAUUCACGUUGGCUUAGAUAUGUAUAUCAUUUGUUGAUGAUAAUGCACAGUAUUAUAAUUGGAAAUUUUUGUAUAGUACAGUAUUAGUAUUGUAUUACUGUAUACAAUAAAAUUGUACAAUAUUAUUGUACAAAAUUAUUGUACAGUACAGUAUCAGUAUUGUAUUACUGUAUACAAUAAAAUUGUACAAUAUUAUAAAGUGAAGAGAUGUGAAGGCCAAAAUUGUUUUUAGUAAAUGGUUGUAAUGUGAAGUAACAUUCAUGUGGUUCAUAUUAUUGAAAUUCAUAUUUAAAGGAUUUUUCAUUAUAAUCGCUGGGCCGUAAGAGGUAACAUUGUCCUACGCUGUUAUGUUCUUUCUUAAUCCAUUUGCAGCAUGGAAAGUACAGUACAGUAUUGUGUGUUUUAUGGGCAUUUGAUUGUAAAUGCAGGUUCCCACUGAGUGUUAUGUAUAUUCUCUUAAAUGAUCACAAUUGGUUAAUAUAUGGCAGUUAAAGGAUUUCACAUUUUUUAAAAAUAUAAGUGAUAUAUUCGCUCAAGACUCGGUAUAAAGCAUUUGCUGCUGCUGCUGCUGCUGCUGAGAAUGACAGCAAUAGAAAAUGGAAAACACUAUUCAUUUAAAUUAAACAUAAAACAGCAUGCACCUAACAAACUGAAUAUUAAAAAGAUCACAAAACUAUUAGUAAAACCAUUGACCAUACUUUUUAACAUCACUCAAAAUGGGAAUAACUUUGCACCUAAUCAUAAUGCAAACAUUGAUUUAAAUUAGUCUUAUGACUUUAAUCCAGUGAAGUACAUUACAAACAUGUAAUUUAAAUGAGUGGUAAAUAGAUAACCAUAAGACAUAAUUCAGAACAAUACUGAACACUAUACAUUGAGCAAACACAUUGUUCGGAACUUUUUUAACUUUGCAAUUUAUAUUAAUUGUCGCUUACAAUGAAUGUACUGCCAUAUUAUAUACUGUAUAUGUAGGCCAUCCUUGAACAAGCAUCUUUUUGUAUGUCAACCAUUGAGUCAUUUCUAUUGAAUUUCUUUGUGAAGAAAUGAAGCUCACAUUCGAGCAGUACUGCAUUGAGUAGACCCAAGGGCAAGUGCAAUCAGUUAAAGUAAAGUCACUGCCUGCAUCCCUCUACUAUUAUAGCAAACUAUCACUUUUUUUUUUCCUUUUUUUUUUUUUUUUUUUAGUAAAGUGAAUGGCUAGACACUUUAGCCUUUUCAAAUUAAAAAAUAUAUACUGCAUUUGUGAUUUGUUUCACAUGAAACUGCAAAAUGAUUGUUUCACAUUAUAUACAAUUUGUGGGCUGACAGUGGUGACAGUUUCUGGGGGAAUCCCUGUGUGCUUCCUGCAGCUAACAGACUGAUAUCCAUUAUAUUAGUCUGUUUGCUGCAGGGAGCCUCCAGGCCCCCAAUGCAGAAAAUGGCAUUUCAUUACAUUCAAUGCUGGCUUUUUAUAUUCCACUGCAUUUUGGGCAUAAAGUGAACACAUACAGAAGGACAGGGGAAGUUAAUGUGAUGGUCAAAGCUCGUUGAGAAUAUGGUUCUUGUAUAGAACUUUUCAUAAAUCGUUUGUGCAAAGGUACUUCUUUAGGGCUUUAACUGGAUCAAAAGUAGAUGUACAUAAAAGUGACAUGUACAAAAGUUUGCCUUAAAGUUUUACAUUUAUGCAAUUCUUUAAAACUUUCCAUGCAAAUAGAAUGUGAUAAAUUUGUUAUUGUGUAGCAAUAGAUUUUAAUGUUGUGAUUAAAAAUCACAUAAAGGAAAUAACAUUUUUAUUGUAUGUAUGAAAAUUAGUCAGUUGAUCUGAUUAAUUUUAUGAAAAGUUUGAUAAAUAGCUUCUUGUAUUUUUCUGAUCAAACUCAAAUUUUAGUUUAGUAAUCACACUCAUUCCUCAUUUGGUCUUUUAAUAAUGUUAUCUCCAUGGUUUAGGUGUGUACAAUGUGGUGCACAAUAAAUUAUUAAGUCCUAGAGGAAAUUUAAUUUCUUAAAAUUGUGUUCUGUGAUCCUCCUUACCCAAUGUUGUACAGAAAUACAGUAGUCUAUUUGAACUGUUACUCUUAUCCAACUUAUAUGCUUGAGAUAUAAAAUCAAGCAUACAAGUUUUGUGAAAUCUGCUGACCUGGGUUGUGGUGUAAUAUUAAAUUGGCAUGUACACCUAAAAUUUUAUUUGCAAGGGUUGCUCUUAGAGGUGCUUAUCUUUGUUAAUCUUUUGUUACUUGUAUUCCUACCUGUAUAUUCCUAUUUUCCUAAAAAGUGGUUUAGAUUUGUUUCAUUUACGAAUUACUGUAACAGGAUUGUCUUAAACUAGAUUGUGAUACUGUAACUCGGCAUUCCUUUAUAGUAAGAAUAAUUUUGUACUUUUGUAUCUUUUGUAUCAGAUCAUUUUAUACUUUAAACAAUAUUUGGUAUAAUAGUGCAAGGUAGAAUGCAGAAGACGUAGUAUUUCAUAAGUAAGAAAUAUAGCACUCCAAGUUUAGCAUCAUUAGGAAAUGGAGGCCAUACCUUUUUUUUCUUUCUAAUCAUCUCUGCUCACAAGAGAAUUGUCAAAUGUUAAUUUCUUUAGAACUGAUCGGUAACUACAAUAAAAGGUGUCUUUAUAUUUUACAUUUAA